AACGUCCGUGGGCUGAGCCCCCCCAGCCCCGCGGCGACGCCCAGACGGGACCAACAUGGAGCCCUGAGAGGAGGCGCCGCCGUGGGAUGGCGAAGCUGCUGGUGCCGCUGGUGGUGCUGGGGGCGGUGGCGGGCGGGGCCCCCCCGGCCGCCCCCCGGUGCCCCCCGCGCUGCCUGUGCCCGGCGGCGGCGCCGAGCCCGACGCUGCUCUGCGCCCGCACGGGGCUGCUGGCGGUGCCGCCCAGCCUGGACCGCGGGGCCGUGGAGCUGCGCCUGGCCGACAACUUCAUCGGCGCCGUGGGCCGCGCCGACUUCGCCAACAUGAGCUCGCUGGUGCACCUGACGCUGUCGCGGAACGGGCUGCGCCGCCUGGCCCCCGGCGCCUUCGCCGACCUGCGCGCCCUGCGCGCGCUGCACCUCGACGGCAACCGGCUGCCGGCGCUCAGCGGGCCCCAGCUGCGCGGGCUGGCCAGCCUGCGCCACCUCAUCCUGGCCAACAACCAGCUGGCCGCCAUCGACGCCGCCGCCUUCGCCGCCUUCGCCGCCACCGUGGAGGACCUGGACCUGUCGCACAACAACCUGCCGGCGCUGCCCUGGGACGCCGUGGCCGCCAUGGCCAGCCUGGCCACGCUCACGCUGGACCACAACCUGCUGGAGCGGGUGCCGGCGGGCGCCGUGGCGCGGCUGCCGCGGCUGGCGCGGCUCGACCUCACGGCCAACCGGCUGCGGGCGCUGCCGCCCGUGCCGGGCCCGCCGGGGCCGGCGCUGGCGGCCGGGGGGAACCCCUUGCACUGCAACUGCGAGCUGCUGUGGCUGCGGCGCGCGGCGCAGCCGGGGCGCCUGGAGACCUGCGCCACGCCGGCGCCGCUGGCCGGGCGGCUGCUGGGCGCCGUGCCCGAGGAGGAGCUCACGUGCCGGGCCCCCGCCGUCACCGCCGCGGCCGCCCACCCGCCCGCCGUCACCGAGGGGCAGCCGCUGCGCCUGGGCUGCGCCGCCGUCGGGGACCCCCCGCCCGCGCUGCACUGGCUGGGCCCCGACGGGCGCGUGGUGCACAACGGCUCCCGGCGCUCCGUGGGCGCCGACGGCUCCCUGGAGCUGCGCGUGGCCACCCUGCGCGACCACGGCGGCUUCACCUGCGUGGCCGCCAACGCCGCGGGGGAGGCGGCCGCGCGCGUCGACGUCGUGGUGGUGCCGCUGCCGGUGCCGCGCGGGGACCGGGACGGAGACGACCCCGAGCCCGGGCCCGGCCCCUCUGACAUGGCCAGGGCGGGGGGCAACGAGACCUUUGGGGGGGCGGGGCCCGGGGAGCGGCGGGUGGUGGCGGCCGAGGUGACCGGGUCCUCGGCGCGCAUCCGGUGGCUCCCCCAGCGCCACGUGCCCGGAGUCCGGAUGGUGCAGAUCCAGUACAACAGCUCCGCCGACGACGCCCUCGUCUACAG